AUGUCAAAAGUCACGGCCGUGAAGGAGGCUGUCAAGGAGACGCUUGUCGGCUCCACGGAGCCUCCGCAGCUGUCAGCGCAGACCAAGGCGCGCUUCAACCGGCAUGCCCUCAAGGACCCCGAGACUGGCGAGCUCUACCUCGGCGCUGAGCAAUUUAUCGAUGCCAUUGCCCCGCCGCACGAAGAUUAUCACAAAAUCAAGCGGGAGCAGUACUCGAUCCUGUUCAGCGUCGCCGAUCGGACAAACAAGGGCAAAGUGACGCUUGCCGACUGGGCGUAUUUUGAGAACCUCCUCAGCAAGCCCGACGCCGAGUACGAGAUUGCCUUCCGUCUCUUCGACGUCGACCGCCUGGGCGCUGUAAAGUAUGACGACUUCCGCCGCCUUUACGAGCUCAACAAGGGGCCCGACAGCCUCCCGUUCGACUGGGACUGCGAGUGGGCCAAGCUGUACAUCGGCAGCAAGAAGAAGAGACACAGCAUGGAUUACCAGCAGUUCUCACAGAUGCUGCGCGGCCUGCAGGGGGAACGCGUGCGGCAGGCUUUCCAGUACUUCGACAAGGACGGCGAUGGCUUUAUCGAGCCCGAAGAGUUUGAACGCAUCAUCAAGGAAACGUCCAAGCACAAGCUCUCGGAUCACCUGCUCGAGAACCUCCACACGCUGUGCAACAUCGCGCAGGGCAGCAAGGUAUCGUAUGCCAACGUCCGGGCGUUCCAGAACAUGAUGAAGGAGAUCGAUCUGGUUGAGCUCAUUGUCCGUCGCGCCUGCGCCAAAAGCCCUGACGGCAAGAUCACAAGGGCCGAGUUCCUCAACCAGGCAGCCAAGAUCACUCGCUUCUCGCUGUUCACACCAAUGGAGGCCGACAUUCUGUUCCACUUUGCCAGUCUCGAUGAGCUCUCGGGCAGGCUCGGCCUCAGGGACUUUGCAAAGGUGCUCGACCCGUCUUGGAGGAAGCGUGAUGAUGAGGCAGACAGCCGCGCUUCCGCCGCAGUCAAGUCUAAAGGGGCCCAGUUCCUGGCCCAAGCAAUGGAGUCGGCGUACAACUUUGCCCUGGGUAGCAUGGCGGGUGCUUUUGGCGCCUUCAUGGUGUACCCGAUCGAUCUCGUCAAGACUAGGAUGCAGAACCAGCGCGGCGCGAGCCCCGGCCAGAGGUUAUACAACAACUCGAUUGACUGCUUCAGGAAGGUGAUUCGGAACGAGGGCUUCAGGGGCCUGUACUCGGGCGUCCUGCCACAGCUGGUGGGUGUCGCGCCCGAAAAGGCCAUCAAGCUUACCGUGAACGAUCUCGUCCGAGGGUGGUUUUCGGAUAAGCAGGGCAAGAUCUGGUGGGGCCACGAGGUUAUUGCCGGCGGUGCUGCUGGUGGUUGCCAGGUUGUCUUCACCAACCCGCUUGAGAUCGUCAAGAUCCGUCUCCAAGUACAAGGCGAGGUGGCCAAGAGCGUCGAGGGCGCACCCAAGCGCUCCGCAAUGUGGAUUGUCCGCAACCUCGGCCUGGUCGGUCUGUACAAGGGUGCAUCGGCGUGCCUGCUGCGCGACGUGCCCUUCUCGGCCAUCUACUUCCCGACGUACAACCACCUGAAGAGGGACGUCUUUGGCGAAUCCUCGACAAAGAAGCUCGGCAUCUUGCAGCUCCUGACGGCGGGCGCCAUCGCCGGCAUGCCGGCCGCAUACCUCACGACGCCGUGCGACGUCAUCAAGACCCGCCUGCAGGUCGAGGCGCGUAAGGGCGACACGACGUACACGGGCCUGCGGCACGCCGCCAAGACCAUUUGGAAGGAGGAGGGUUUCCGCGCCUUCUUCAAGGGCGGGCCCGCGCGCAUCUUCCGGUCGUCGCCGCAGUUUGGUUUCACGCUCGCCGCGUACGAGCUCCUGCAGAACGUCCUCCCGUUCCCGGGUAAGCCGUCCGAGGCCAAGGUGGCGGCGGGCGUGGCCGAGGCCAUGGCGACGCUCAAGGAAAAGGCCGUCGACAGCCCGUUCUACCGGUCCCGCAACGCGCUCAAGAUCCUGCUCGACCUGGACGACAACUUUGGGAGGGUGCCCCUUGGUCCCGGGCAGCCGGGUUGGAAAUCUCUGCCCGAUUGGAUGAAGGGCAAUGGGAGGACAGCAUAG